AUGUGGUACGACAUCUGCGUUUGCUUUUGCUGCUCUGCAUCCACUACCCGCCAAACCACCCUUCCCUCCCACUCCAUGAACCCGCGUCCUGCCCUCGCCCUCUCUCCCUCCCCCUCCCCUCGUUCCCCUCACCAGGCGAGCGCCACUGGCGCGCCCCUCCCCCCGCGCGUGGCGCGCGAGGUGGCGCGGGAGCUGAAGGCGCUGCAACAAAGCGCGCUCGACGGCAUCCGGGUGACCGUCCACGACGAUAGCAUCGCAACCGUCCAUGCCGAGAUCGACGGCCCUGGUGAGCCCACGCGGGUUACGAGUGGGUUAAGAGUCAUCAACAGCCUUCAUCGAGUUCCUAACCAACCCUCCCUCUUGUUCCACAUGGAGCUGCUGCUGGGGCGGGACUUCCCCGACGCCGCGCCCAAAGGCUUCUUCCUGACGCGCAUUUUCCACCCCAACGUGGCCAAGAGCGGCGAGAUCUGCGUGAGCGUGCUAAAAAAGGACUGGAAGGCCACCCUCGGACUCAAACACGUCUUGCUGGUGGUGCGCUGCCUUCUGAUUGAACCUUACCCCGAGUCUGCUCUUAACGAGGACGCAGGGAAGCUGCUUCUGGAGGAUUAUAACGCGUAUGCACGCCAUGCUCGCCUCUUCACAUCCAUCCAUGCCGCCCCUGCCUCUUCCUCCGCCCUGACCUCUGCCGGGAAAGCCAAGCAGCAAGCUCAGCAGUCGCAACCGCAACAGCAGCAGCAGCAGCAUGAGCCGGGAAGGCAGGAGGCAAAUAAUCAGUCCCCCAGCAAGAACCAGCAGAGAGCAUGCACACAGUCAGCAACAGCAGCUGACCUGCUUUCGGACUCUGGCCGCGCUGCUUCUUCUCCAGCUGCUGCAUCUGCACCCCCUGCCACUCCCACCCCCUGUGCUCCCGGUGCUGCUGCCACUGGCACUGACACCGCAGUGAGUUCUCGAGAUUCCAGCAGCACCACUCCACCUGCCCCGCCUCCCAGCACUUCUGUUGUUGAUCCUACUACUGGCAAAAACCUGGCUGGCAGUGCCAGUGUUUCGUCAGCCCAUCACACGCCCCUGGCCACCAAUCGGUCGCUUGCAAAUGCUGACUCUAGGCGGCAGGCAAAGGAAACGGGAAACGGGUCAGCGGCAGCAGCAGCUAUGGGGGAGCCUGUGGCAGCAUCGAGCACGGGUAGUGGCGUGGUGAAGGCUAAAGGGAAGGGGGAGAACACAGGCCGGGGUGGGGGAGAGAAGAAGGCUGACUUGAGGAAGAAGAGCCUACGGCGACUGUAG